GCUAUAUAUAAUUUAUUAACAAAUAGAAAUGACAAACAUACUUAUAAAUAAUAAAUUUUCAAGAGUAGCUUAAAAAAUUGAAUUAUUGGUGGCAACAAAGCAUAUUGGAGGACUUUCAAUUAACUUUACAAAGAUAAAUUUUUAUAAUUCUGUCAUCUCACCAAUCCUAACCUAUGCAUAUUGCAUAUUGAAUGCAACCUGGAUCUUAUUGAAAAGCACAGUAAAAAUAAUUGGUAGAUUUGAAGGAAAAUGUAGAGAUAAAUUAUGGGUCCGAUAAAAGAAUAUGGAGUAUAUUCUGAGGAGAAAGAGGAAGACCUACUGUAAUCCUAGUUUCUCAUUUUGUGAGUUAAUCGCGUUAAAUAGCUAGGGCACAUAAUUGGAACAGAUGAUAGGCAAGCAGCUAAAGUAUUGUACCAGGGAACUCCAGAUGAAGUCAGACCUUGUUCAUCGAAGGAUUUGGUGUUUUUGAACCUGAUUGUAACAGGAAUAUCCAGAUGAACAACUGGUCAGGAUUAUUGGGAAAAGGCAGUUGAGGGGCCAAGGGAAUUUCAUGUGCCUGUUGAGGUUAUAAAUAAAUAUAAUAACCUUUCCAAAAAAAGAACUGAAGAUUGAGAAAAAACAAUUUUAUGAGAGAAAGAAACCAAAAACCCAAAAGAGAAAGAUACAAAAUGUAAGAUUAUGAGAAAAUAAAAUGUAAUAAUAAUAGCAGUUUGUAAAAUUAAAAAUUAAAUACAAAUUUAGUGUUCUUAUAAAUAAUAAAUUACAUAUUGCACAGUUAUAUAUAAAGUCUAUAUAAAAAAACACUUUCAUUCCGAUAUUGACAUAUUGCGAUAUCGACUUACGACAAAGCAAAAGAGUCUACUGCAGAGUUCUGAGAUGAGAUUCCUUCAGAGAAUUGAAGUUAAAACAAGGUGAUAUCGUAUCAGAAAUACUAUAACAAGGGCAAACCUCAAUGUAAAACCUGUACAAACAGUGAUCGAGGAAAAUCAAUUAAGAUCAGUGGACAGGUCAUUAGGAUGGAUGGAAAUAGAAUAGCCAGAGCAAUCUAUGAGGCACAGGUGGACAGUCGUAGACUGAGAGGAACGUCAAGUAGAAAAUGGGAGGAAGGUAUGAAAGAAGCAUUUGCAAGCAAGGAAAUGGAUUGGAGAAGGAGAAGAAAAUUGGUGCAGAAUAGAGAUCAAUGUUCAGGCUCAGUAAGGAAACCCUAAGUCCCUUCCAGAAACUUAAAAAAUAUCAAUCUAAUUUGACUAAGUAUUAUCUUUGAUCUAUUGGAAAUUUAUAAUGGAAGAUAUUAUGACUUAACUCAAUACAUGGUAAGAGUUGUGCAUAAAGACUUGUGCAUAGACAAAUUGAAGAUAAAGUUUAAUGAAAUAUUAUGCUUAACAUAAAAAAUCAGAAAAAAACAAUAUUUUUUUUUAUCUAUAGAAAAUCACAAUACAAAUAAUGUAGGAAUAAAGUAUAUAAUUUACAAAUAGAUACAUAUUAUGUACUCACAAGAGCAAAAUAUAAAUGAAAAUGAAAACUUAGUCACUUAAGGUUUUCCACUAAAGGAGAAAGUAUAUUAUCUUUUUCCUGAUGAUUCUAAAGAGACUAACUUCAUACUCUAUGAAAUGUUAAACUGACACAUUGACGUAAUUUUUUUUUAUUUUUAAUCAAAUGUAACUGUAAUAUUAAUUAAAUUAUGAAUAAAAGAGAACUACUAAAAAACUUUUCUAAAACCAACCAAUCAUUGGAAAAAAAUACUUUAAAUUAAGUAAAUAUAAAUGAUAUUUGAGAAACAUGAAAUGUUUGUAUUUGAAGGUGCAUUUAGACAUUACACAAACUUUGGUACAAAUAAAUAGGUAAAUGGUUAUUUCACUAUCCUAGUAUUUUUGUUUCUUGUUUUUUAUAUUUUCUAUCUGCUAUUGGUGCCAAGAGAAAUAAAAUAAAUAGUUUGGUUUAACAAUAAUGUCACUGUUAGUUAAGUUAGAUAAUCGUAUUUCCAUUACUUUGUGAAAUGUCUAAAUGCUCCUUCAGAUUAAUUCCACACAGAAUAUGUUAAUAAUCACCUUUUCUGGAUAAAUUUAAGGUGAUUCAAUCUCAAAAACAAAUUAAUCCAACUAUUUAAAUAGUAAUUAAACACAAUACUUCAUUAAAUUAAUUACACAAUUCUUGCAGUGAUGUACAUAUAGAGUGUAAAAACAAAAAUAUUACAAGUAUUAAAAUAAAAUAAAUACUUUUGACAACUAAACCUUUUUAAAUUAAUUUAAAGAUAAAACUGUCCCUAUUUUAGCAAAAUGUGAUAGAAAUUUUGUACUUUCUUAUAUAAUUUUUAAUAAAGUAAACAUUAAUAAAUAGUUGACAAAGUAUAGUUACCAUUUCUGAGUAUCAAUAAUUGAUUAAAGUGUAUAAAAUACGAUACUGAAAAUAAAUACUUAAAGCUGUUUUUACAUGACAUAAUUAAAAAUAUAUACAUUACUUAUUAUAAUAUAAAUUGUGAUUAUAAAAUUUCAUUAGGCUAUGUUGGCAGGUCUGCUGUUUUUGGCUCUACAACUAAAGGUUAAUAAAGACAACACUAUGUCUAAGAAGAAAGGACUAAGUAUUGAAGAAAAGAAGCAAAGGAUGCUUCAACUAUUUUAUGAAAAGAAAGAUUUUUUUCAACUUAAGGAAUUGGAAAAGCUAGCACCAAAAGAGAAAGGUAUAAUUGUACAAUCAGUUAAAGAUGUAGUACAGAAUUUAGUAGAUGAUGGUUUAGUGGAUUCUGAAAAAAUUGGGACAUCUAUAUACUUCUGGGCAUUCCCAAGUAAAGCAACUCAUACAAAAAAAAGGAAACUGGAGGAGAUUGAAGAGAAAAUAGACACUUCAAAUAAAAUUCUUAAAAAAUGUGAACAGACUUUAGAGGAUGCUAAAGUUGGCAGAGAUGAAUGUUCUGAAAGGGAUGACGUUUUAAAAACAAACAAAGAGCUUCUCAAAGAAAACGAAACAUUGCUAUCAGAAAUAAAGGCAUACAAGGACUCUGAUCCAGAAGCAUUUGAGCAAAUGAAAAAGGACAUUAAGUCUACCAUUGAUCUUGGGAAUAAGCAAACUGAUAAUAUAUUUGCUUUUAUAUCAUGGUGUAAAAGUAAGUUUGGUAUGGAAGAGGAAACAUUGUAUAAACAAUUUGAAAUACCACAGGAUUUGGAUUAUUUGGAGGAAUAUAAAUGAAAUAUAAUGCUUACCAUUUUACAAGUAUUCCUUUGGUCACAUUCACCAUCUUGCUAGUUAUUUACAAUUCAAAACUUUUUGACAGCUCUGAAGCACACUAUAAGUUUCUAAAUCUCUAGGAGGUUAUGUUGGGUUAUAAUUGUUGUAGAACUUUCUCCCCUCUCCUGUUUAUGCUCAUAUUGUGCUUAUUUAAUUUUGUUUUCAAAAAUGUUUCUGUAUUUUUUUUUCUAGUCAUUUUGCUCUUUUAUUUUAUUUAGUUCAUAACAAUACAUUUGGAAUGUGGAAGACUACGUUAAAUAAAUGAAAUUCAACUGAAUUUUAAAUCAAUCUCCUUAAUAGUGGAAGACAAAGUUUUUCAUUGAAACCAAUAUUUUUGUUACUUCAGAAUCAAGAAACAAUAAAUUACUAUUUUGUGAAAAAAUAUUAU